AUGUCAACCUCUAAUCUAAACCCUCAUAUAGCUCUUCUUCCAAGUGCUGGUAUGGGCCAUUUAACACCCUUUAUUCGUCUCAUACCUUUACUAACAUCACACAACGUAAAAAUCACUGUCAUCACUCCACAUCCCACCCUAUCAAUUUCAGAAUCAGAGAGUUUAUCUGAAUUGUUCACUAGUUUUCCUCAAGUCACUAGAAAACAACUUCAUCUACCCCUUCCUCCACUUGAUGAUGAGCCUUCAUCAAAAUCCCAAGACCCUUUUUACAACCGUUUCGAAGUGAUUCGCCGCUCUUCUCACCUUCUUUUGCCUCUCCUCUCUUCACUCUCUCCACCACUUUCUGCUCUUAUCACAGACAUGAGCUUGGCCUCAACCGUUAUUCCCAUAACUAACUCUCUUCAACUUCCUAACUACAUAUUCUUCACAUCAUCAGCCAAGAUGUUAAGUCUUUUCUUAUCCUUCCACGCCCUUGAUGACCCGAAAGCAAAAGACUUUAUCGAAAUUUCGGGGUUUGAACCAAUACCCAAAUCGUGGAUUCCCCCACCACUUCUUGAUGACGCCAAUAACGCUAUGAAGAUUUAUUUCACCGAGUGUGGUAAGAAAAUGAAAGAAUCAAGUGGAAUUCUGGUAAACACGUAUGAAAGUAUAGAAGGCGAGUCGCUGAAAGCGUUUAAUAGCUUACCGCCAGUGAUCGCCAUUGGGCCGCUUCCUCCAAUUAAGUUCGAGAGGAACCAAUCUUUGGCAUGGCUUGAUGAUCAGCCAGCUGAGUCUGUGUUGUAUGUCAGCUUUGGAAGUAGAACAGCCAUAUCAAGAGAGCAAAUCAAGGCGUUGGCUGAUGGUUUAGUGAAGAGCGGUAAACGGUUUUUGUGGGUGGUUAAGGAUAAGAAAGUUGAUCGAGACGAUGAAACUGAAUUAGUAGACUUAAUUGGAGAAGAGUUGAUGGAGAGAGUGAAGGAAAAGGGAAUGGUAGUAAAGAAUUGGUUGAACCAAGAGGAAGUUCUAAGCCACCCUGCAGUUGGUUGGUUUUUAAGUCAUUGUGGUUGGAAUUCACUCACUGAAGCUAUAUGGCAUGGUGUGCCUAUGUUGCUAUGGCCUCAACAUGGGGACCAAAAGAUCAAUGCAGAUUUGGUGGAGAGAAUUGGAGUUGGAAUGUGGGCUAAGAGUUGGGGAUGGGGUGAUUCGGUGGUCGUCGUUAAAGGAGAUGAAAUUGCAGACACGGUGAGAGAGAUGACAGGGAAUGAGUUCUUUCGAUUACGAGCUGCACAGGUUCAAGAUGAUGCUAGGAAGGCUUUUGGUGAAGGUGGGAGUUCAUAUGAUAGACUUAAUGAUCUCGUUGACUCCUGGAAAUGUUCACCAGAUUUAUGAGUUCAUAGUCUUCUUCUGUUAUUGAGUCUCAAAGCUGUAGCAUUUGUAUGAGAAAAUACAAAUUUCGAACAAUAACUGAUAAAAACCAAAACUAAUAAUUGUUCUUACAAA